AUGGAAAUUGUUGAUGACAGCUUGCUGGGGAACGCUACCAAUCUUUCUGCUUUCCUCUGUGAUAUCAUCUUGGAAAAUGACACUUUUUUCUGUGCAGAUGAUCCACCUUAUCCUUCUAAAGAUUUGCAUCAGACCAUUCGGAUUCUGCUGUACGCUUUGAUAUUUCUGCUCAGUGUUUUGGGAAACAUUCUUGUCAUUACGGUGCUGAUAAGAAACAAGCGGAUGAGAACAGUCACGAAUACGUUUCUGCUCUCACUAGCUGUCAGCGACCUAAUGCUCUGCCUUUUCUGCAUGCCGUUCACCCUCAUUCCCAACUUGCUGAAAGACUUUAUUUUUGGAAGUGCUGUUUGUAAAACUGCCACUUACUUCAUGGGUGUCUCCGUAAGCGUAUCUACAUUCAACCUGGUUGCCAUAUCUUUGGAGAGAUACAGUGCCAUUUGCAAACCUUUACAGUCCAGGGUCUGGCAGACAAAAUCUCAUGCCUUGAAAGUGAUUGCUGCUACCUGGUGUGUUUCUUUCGCCAUCAUGUCACCAUACCCAAUCUACAGCAAACUGGUACCUUUUACCAAGUACAACAACAGCACGGCAAAUAUGUGUCGGCUCCUUUGGCCAAGUGAUGUCAUUCAGCAAUCUUGGUACACUUUCCUGCUGCUCAUCCUCUUCCUUAUACCUGGGAUUAUAAUGAUGGUUGCAUAUGGCCUGAUUUCUCUGGAACUCUACAGAGGAAUAAAAUUUGAUGACAGCCAGAGAAAAUCUGCACGAGAAAGAAAAACAAGUACCAGCAGCACCAAAUAUGAGGAUGGCGAUGGAUGCUACUUGCACAAAGCCAAACGAAAAAGAAAAACGCCAUUGCAGCAGCUCUCUGCUACUAGCAGUAGCAAAAUAGACCGGGCAAGAAGCAGCAGCUCUUCUGCCAACUUAACGGCCAAGAAACUUGUCAUCCGCAUGCUGGUGGUGAUAGUGAUUCUGUUUUUCCUCUGCUGGACACCCAUCUUCAGCGUGAACGCCUGGCGCGCGUUCGACACCACCUCAGCAGACCAGCGUCUCUCAGGAGCUCCCAUCUCCUUUAUUCACCUGUUGUCCUACACCUCCGCGUGUGUGAACCCCAUCAUAUACUGCUUUAUGAACAAGCGUUUCCGUGUGGGUUUUCUAGCCACUUUCACCUGCUGUGCUAAGCAAAAGCCUCCUGCGAUGAGAGGGGAGGCUGGUGAGGAAGAGGAGGGGAAGACGACGGGGGCCUCUCUCUCCAAAUGCUCUUACACACACGUGAACGUAUCUGCACGCCCCUGA